GCCGCGCCCCUUCACACACACACGGCAUCUUCCAGGAAGAAACCCCGGAGUGAGAGUCGUCCAGCAGCGGUGAAUGAGCGGCAUCUGUCAGCUGUAAAGAGGAUCUUUAAGAAGUUUCUAGCUAACGGAGGAACAGUCAACAUGAUUAUUAAGGAGUUCCGGAUUGUCCUGCCCAUAUCAGUGGAGGAGUACCAAGUGGGUCAGCUGUAUGCAGUAGCAGAGGCCAGUAAGAACGAGACAGGUGGAGGUGAAGGUGUGGAGGUGAUGAAGAACGAGCCCUAUGAGAAUCCUGGAGAGAAAGGACAGUACACGCACAAAAUCUACCACCUGAAAAGUAAAAUUCCAGUUUUUCUCAGCAAGUUAGCUCCUACAGGUUCACUUCUUGUUCACGAGAAGGCCUGGAAUGCAUAUCCCUACUGUCGAACCAUCCUCACGAAUGACUACAUGGGAGAUCAUUUUGAGAUUAAGAUCGAGACGUGGCACAAGCCUGACAUGGGGGAUACGGAAAACGUACACGGACUGGACGAUGCCACAUGGAGCACAGUGUCAGUAGACCACAUUGACAUCGCUGACAGAAGUGUCCUAAGUCAAAAGGACUACAAAGAAGAACAGGAUCCAGCCAAAUUCAAGUCGGAGAAGACGAAGAGGGGGCCUCUGAAACAGAACUGGAAGAAAGAGCUGGCUAACGACCCCAGCUGUCCUCACAUGUGUGCCUACAAGCUGGUCACCAUUAAAUUCAACUGGAAGCUGAUCGGUAAAACUGUGGAGAACGCCAUCCAGAAGGCGGAGAAACGCUUGUUCACCAACUUCCACAGACAGCUGUUCUGCUGGAUCGACAGGUGGAUCGAUCUGUCCAUGGACGACAUCCGACGCAUGGAGGAGGAGACACAGAAGGAGCUGGAUGAGAUGAGGAAGACUGGGGAAAUUAGAGGCACGUGUCUUGACGAUAAAUGAUGGCAGCUGAACACAGAGGAUUUGACUUCAUCAGCAGGCUCAGACUCCUCUCCUCUCUCACUGGACCAACGACAGCUUUAUGGGCGUAAUCAGUAACCCCACACUUACAUUCUGAAGAAUCUGCUCUUAAUAAGAGCUCAUCGUUGUGUGUAUUCAUGUACUACAUUUAAAUACAACCACACCAGCUGUUAGUGUUUUUUAAGAGACAAGAGUGGAAGUUGGGGAUCAGUUUUGAAUU